AUGGCAACAUUACCCCAAAGUGGAAUAUUGAUUGAACAUUGUAAGUUUGCCAUUGUCAUUGAGGCAAUGGUAUGUGCUGAACAACAUGGUGCAUUGAAGAUGGCUUGUGGCACAUUUGCAAAGACAUUGGAGGAUAUGCAGAGAACUUAUCCAAAUGAUAAGUUGGGUUCAGUCGUGGCAUUUGGUCAUAAUCUUUGGAAGAGUAUCGGUUGCAAGGGAGGACCAGACCUCAAGAACUUUGAGCCGAUGGGUGUGGCGCCAGCGACACAACGCGACCUGCUCAUACACAUACAGUCACUGCGCCACGACAUCAACUUCACGCUGGCACAGCAUGCCAUUCGCGCGUUUGGCAACGCAAUCAAGGUGCAGGAGGAGACACACGCCUUCCGCUGGGUGGAGGAGCGUGACCUGAGCGGCUUCAUCGACGGCACUGAGAACCCCAAGGGCGCCAAGGUAGCCAAGGUCGCGCUUGUCAGCAAGGAGGACGACCCCGACAGUGAGUGUGGCAGCUACGUCCUUGUGCAAAAGUGGGAGCACAACCUGGUCGAGUGGGCCAUGUAUCCCGAGCAGCAACAGGAGCGAAUGAUCGGUCGCACCAAGAAGGACAGUGUCGAGUUGGACGAUGACAAGCGCAACGAAACAUCACACGUGGCACGCGUUGACUUGAAGGAGAAUGGGCAGGGUCUCAAGAUACUCCGACACAGUCUGCCCUAUGGCACCGUGAGUGGCAAGCAUGGACUCUUCUUCAUCGCCUACAGUGGAAGAUUGUACAACAUUGAACGACAGCUACAGAGUAUGUUUGGACAGUUGGAAGAUGGCAAGACUGAUGACAUCCUCAAGCUGUCCACACCCGUCAGUGGUGGAUAUUACUUUGCGCCCUCCAUCAGUAAACUAGCAUCCAUC